AUGCCGCGCCCUUUUUCCUCGUUCCUCCGUCUCGCCCUCUUCGCCAUCUGCUUAAUUGCUCUGCGCUUCGUCUACAUCAACGUCUCACCGCUUUCGCCGUCCCUCACCCGCCCUCCGCCGCGCGCCACCAUCAUGCCUCCUCCUCCUCACUCCGGGCCACUCCGGCUCGCCGUGCUCGAGGCCGACACGCCGCAGCCCCAGACCCGCGCGCGCAUCGGCAACUACACGGCCGUCUUCACACAGCUCUUCCAAGGCGCCUGCGACAUCUCGACGCCUCCCAAGAAGCUCGCGGACGAGCUGACCAUUUCCGGCCACGGCAUCGUCGACGACCUGCACGCCUACCCGUCCCUCGACGACGUCGAUGCGAUUCUGAUUUCCGGGUCGCGCCACAACUCCUUUGACAAUGACCCGUGGAUCCUGAAGCUGGUCGAGUACACAAGAGCGGCGCUCGCGACGAACCGCGUGCGCAUCAUUGGCGUCUGCUUUGGCCACCAGAUCCUGAGCCGCGCUCUGGGAUGCAAGGUCGGCCGCAACGCCAAGGGCUGGGAAGUAGCCGUCACCACUGUUGACCUGACGCCCGAAGGCAAGAAAGUUUUUGGCCUGGAGAAAAUGCGAAUCCACCAGAUGCAUACCGACAUUGUCGCCGACUUCCCCGCCGACGCCAUACCUCUCGGCGGCAACGAUAACUGCUCUGUACAGGCCAUGUACUCUCCUGGCAAGUACAUUGCCGUUCAGGGACACCCCGAAUUCACAAAAGACAUUGUCACCGAGAUUCUCUUUAACCGCCACACCGUCGGCGUCUUUACGGACGAGCUUUACAACGAUGGCAUGUCUCGGGUUGCCGACGAGCACGAUGGCUUCGUCAUUGCUAGAAGCUUCCUGAAGUUUUUGAGAGAUUAG